AAAGACCAUCCGCGUGUAUGUGAUAAAAUAAAAAAUUCUGCAAGUAUAAAUAAUCUCGAUGGGAUCCACUAAAGGCACAGUAAGCGUUUAAUUGUGAUCAAGUGAUCUUUCAUUCCCAAAUCGGACUACAUUUAUAUUCAGAAUGAAGCUAACUAUUGUUUUGGCUGUGGCUUUAGUUGGAAUCGUUUCCGCUGCCCCUCAAGGACCCACAACGGAACCAGUUCCAAUUAUCAAACAGGAGCAGGAAGUGAACUUUGACGGAUCAUAUAAAUGGAGUUAUGAGACUGGCAAUGGAAUAGCUGCCGAAGAACAAGGAUACCUGAAGAAUCCUGGAACGGAUACUGAGGCCCAGGUUGCUCAAGGUCAAUACUCAUACACAGCUCCCGAUGGUCAAUUGAUUCGCCUGACCUACUUGUCGGAUGAGAAUGGAUUCCAACCACAAGGUGAUCACAUCCCAACCUCACCACCAAUCCCACCAGCAAUUCAACGUGCUUUGGAAUAUUUGGCAUCACUACCCCCCACCACAGAGUCACCACGACGAUUCUAAGCUUAUGAUUCUGAAUUCUCAUAUAUUGUUUUACUUUUAGAUCUAUUGUAAAUACUUUUACAAAUAUCAAAAAUGUGUUUUUUUCCUUAAAGGGAAAAUAUCUUCUGAUCGUCUUAGCUCUCCUUUUUCCGUACGGAAUUUAUUUGUUAUUUUUUUUUACAAAAGAAAGUCGUCUGCGGGAGAAUGAAAGACAACCAGCAAAAUACUCAAUUUAUACAACACAAUAUUAAAAAAAUUAAAAAAAAAAUGAAUAAAAAUACAAAAAAGCAAAUAUAUUAGUUGAAAAUA